AUGGCGCCGGCGGCGGGCUUCUUCUGGGACUACAGCGCGCAGAAGGCCACACCGCAGGAGGCGCCCGCCCUCGCCAAGGCAAAGGCAGCGCUGGGCGCGCGCCUGGCCCACCUCAUGCAGGGCGGCGGUCGAGGAUUCGCGGAGGAGUACGAGCGCCUGUCCCUCGUGGCGUCAUCCUCGCAGUACACGGCCAGCGAAGGGGCGUCCCCGCCGAACGCGGGGCGGAACCGGUACCGGAACAUUCUCCCAUACGACUAUAACAGAGUCCGGCUGGCCACGGUGCCCGAGGGGGGGAACUACAUUAACGCGAGCCUGGUGAGAAGCGGCGGCGGGGAGAGCCCGCCGUGGUGCUUCAUCGCGUCGCAGGGGCCGCUGAAAGGCACGGUGGAGGACUUCUGGCGGAUGGUGCUGGAGCAGCGCUGCAGCGCGGUGGUGAUGCUGACGCAGGCGUUCGAGCGGCGCGUGGAGAAGUGCGCGCCCUACUUCCCGCAGGCCAAGGGAUCGGGGGCCAUGGUGGGGCGCCUGCAGGUGUGCGUGGAGGACCUGAGGGAAGUGAGCACCGACAUCACGGUGCGCGCCAUCCGCGUGAGCGACCCCACAACGGGCAUGGUGUCCACCGUGCAGCAUUACCACUACCACAAGUGGCCGGACCACGGCGUGCCCGAGUUCACUAAGCCCCUGCGCGACCUGAUCAACCUACUGGAGGCCACGGGCGCCGGGCGGGCGCCCAUCCUCGUGCACUGUAGCGCGGGCGUCGGCCGGACAGGCACCUUCUGCGCGGUGUACGUGCUGCUGCAGCGCCUGUACGCGCUGCUGCGGUCCAGCAGGCCGUCCGUGGGGCAGAUAGAGCGCGCCGUGGACGUGCCCGGGGUUGUUGCCCGACUGAGGAGGCAGAGGAUGGGCAUGGUGCAGACCGUGGAGCAGUACUACUUCUGCUACCAGGCGGUGAUACAGGAGGUGGAGGCGGAGAUGAUGCGGAGGGGGGGGUGA